AUGGCUCCCACCAAGCGCUCCUCCGGUUCAGCACCUCUUGCCCCAAAGCGCCCACGACUCCCAAAACGACCUGAAGAACAUGAAGAUUUACUGACUGACGAGUCUGAAAUAUCUUACCGAACAUUGACUCCACUGCCAGCCCGCACUCGGAGUAGUCAAUCGACCACCGCCGCUCAAAUAACUCGGAAAGGUCUUCUCCGUUCCUCCGAAACCCCCACUGGGAGGAGCAGUCCUAGGAGGGUAGAAUUUCAUCUCCCCGAGGAUCAUACUGAUAAUUUUGAAGCGCAGGAGGAGCCUGAGGCAAUUGAGGCGCCAGAGGCAAUUGAGGCGCCAGAGGUGGAAGAAAUAGUUGAUACUAGCCACUCAGACUAUGAUGAUGCUCCGGAGAAUGACCACGAGAGCUCUGAGGAGGAUGAGGAUGAACCGGAGGAUGAACCUCAAGCCCCCCCCCCAUCUUACACCCAGAAGUCUCAGACUGUCGGAAAGAGACCUCAUACAGUUCAGCCCACUACUGCCAGAGCACUGGGCAAUGCUCGGAGGAAACCAACUGGCGCGGUAGCGGAGGUCAUUGCUUCUUCCAACGUGUCGGUGGACGUGGUACAGGUUCGACUCUAUCUCGCUCAUUGA